UCCCCGGUUCCACAUCCUGCGCUCCUGUGGUUCCACAACACGCAUGUAUCUAACACAGUUAACGUGAAACAAAAACAAAAACUUUGGUGACAUGAGUGCUGAUAAUUGUGCUGGAAAUGUGUCUGUGCCUUUACGAAACAUCCUGAACUCCAUCCAGUGUGUUAGAGACCGAGUCAGAGACGGAGAAUCCAACGAGUCCGAUGGAGCGUUCAACCUCUCCAACUUCUGGGACACUCUGAACCAGGCGGUGAAGGCCGUGUCCCAGGAAGCCACUAAACUCAGCCUGGCCUUCUCUAAACCUCCGCUUCCAUCACAACAGGAUGGAGAGAGGUUAGCAGAGUCCAUCAUGAAGAGUGUCCUGACUCUGUCUACAGUGUAUUACUGGCUACCUAAGAGCCAAGGUAUCAGUCUGCGCCGACAGGUCAGAGACGCCACGGUCGAGGUUCUGGAGGGAGUCGCACAGCUGGUGGAGGUCAUACUGAGCUCACCGCUACAGAGUCUGUCCCAGGAACAGCUGACCUCAACAGGAAGUGUGUGGUCGGCCUGCGACCAGUUUGCCCAGUUGCCACAAGAUAAUAAGGGAGCCGUGCUGGUGGUUCUGUCUGCUCAGAUUGGAGUUGUGAAAGAUGCCAUAGAGGAAAUUGAACAGGCGUUAUCCGAGGCCCACGACCCGUUCAGUGACGUCCUCGACGAUGACCAGGAAGGGGAGGAGCCUCGGGGCAACCAGGACACUUAUUGGUCGGAGAAAGACCGGUGCAUAAUCGGUCCGUGCCAGGGUCUGAUGAAAGCCUCUGCAGCGUGCCUGAGGAAGCUGAUGUCGGCCGUCAAAGCCAACGGUGACGUUACCACAGCUCAGAGCCUGGCUCAGCUCGACGACCUGGCUGACAUCACCAAGGAAAUCAGCCCUGGUGUCGAUGAUCUGGCUCUCUGUCUGUACCCGCCCAUGGACUACAGCGGAGUGGAGACCAACGUGUCUAAAUUGGCCUCACUGUUAAGGAAGGUUCUGGAGAUCAUCAGGUCCAGUCAUGUGUGCGGGGAGUCCCAGCUGACCUGGGUUCAGUUCUUAGAGGGAGCCGUCGAUCACAACCUGCAAAAAGCCAAAGACCUUAUACAGCAGGACAGCUAGUGUGUGUGUUUGUGUGUGAGAGUGUGGUUUUAUGUGCCAGUGUGUGAAAUGAAUGCCUAGAGUGGUGUGUGACAGAUUGAGUGCAUUGUUCGUGUUUACAAGGACACGCAUGUACAACAUGUAAGAAUAAAAGGGAGCGACUCGUGUCCUUACAUGACCUCUGCUGUGGAAAGAAGCUUCAUUAUGUAACUCUGAAUACCCUCGCAGGUCAAUAACCUCGUCUACACAGUCUAAUCUGCAUCUGACUGUUUGCCAAACACACACACACACACACAACAUGCUCCAGGACCAGUUUUGUGACAGUUUACCGACUGGGUUAAUUAAAAUAACAAGCACAUCUCUUUAAUAGCCUUUAAUGGAUGAGCCUUCAAGGUUAAGAGUGAGACGAUGUGGUUUUGCAGCUUUCUAUGUACCGCCUGAAGGUUUCGCACAUAGAGAAGUUCAGGUUGGCAAAUAUUGAAGGCCCAGUGUGGAGGAUUUAGUGGCAUCUAGCUGAGUAGGUACAUAUUGAAGCUCCCUCCCUUUCUACUACUGUGGCCGCAACAUGUGCAAAAAACACAAACAUCCCCAUCCGGAGACAGCGUUUGUCCGUUCUGGGCUACUGUAGAAAUAGAAAGCGUCAGUAGAUAAAAACAAAACAUAAUGAGUCUUAUUUGCAGGUCAUUAUACACUAAUGAAGACAUACCUUUGAAUUUUAUACUGCAUUUAUGGUAUACACUGUUGGCUGACUUUACUGUGAAUCAGAAUUAAGUCUUCACAUAAGAGGAAUUUGCCACAUUGUACAUUGGUGCAUAAGAAUCACAAUCCUAAAGACAACUUGGAGCUACAUGUGACAACAUCAAGUGUGGUUUAUUUCAUGAGUUUGAAAUACAGACCUGAGACAUAGACUAGAGACAACAUUGAUUCACACUGCAGAACACAAGUGUGUAAAGAGAACUGCGAUGUUUGCAGCCACAGAGCAGCACAAAUAGAUUAUAACAUGAACCUUUGGCAGCAUUUCUGAAAUUCCUCUGAAUGUAAUGCAAUCCAAAACCACAAACUACGGCAUCAGUGGUACCUCGAUGGUCUAUUUGCUGGCGACCUUUCGUUAUUAACUGGAAGGAAUUCAACCUCAAAGAUCCAGUGUGUAACAUAUUGCAGGAUCUGUUUUUAUAUAUAUUUUUAUUAGUGUUUAAUCACCUGAAAAUAAGAAUGUUUUGUUACCUUAGAAUAAGCUGUUUUUAUCUACAGGCAACAUACACAGCCACUGUAGUUUCUCCUCCACGCUUAGAAAGCUGAGUAAGGUUGCUGUCUGCAGGUUCGCUGGUAGAUGCCACUGAAUCCUACACACUUAUAUACAACAGACAUUAUAUACAGAAUCUAUUUUGAAUAGAUUAUUAUAAAUAAUUAGAAUUAGAAUUGAGAGGCGAACUGAAUGAUACAGCAAUAAAAUGAUGUGUAAAAAGAAAA